CUUAGCAAGCGAGGCUCCGCCUCUGUACGACGGCCUCUGUACCUCGAUCACUGGUGAAGUGUGUGGCUGGGGAUCCCUCCGCAGCCUACGAGACCGAAGCUGGUCCCCACGGCCAUGGCUGCACCGUCAGUCACUCUUGGCAUCGACCUGGGCACCACGUCUGUGAAGGCGGCCGUAUUGGAGGCCGCUCCCGACGACCCAUCGGGGUUCGUGGUACUGGCCAGCUGUGUCCGGGCCGCGCGGGCGGAGGCGGCGGCCCAGAGCGCGGCGGCCGGGUCGCAGGCGCGGGAGCAGGAUGUGAGUAGAAUCAUCCAAGCCCUAAAUGAGUGCCUUGCUGCUCUUCCCCGGCAGCAGCUCCGGAAAGUCUGUGGCAUUGGAGUGUCAGGACAGAUGCAUGGAGUCCUGUUUUGGAAGACAGGCCAAGGCUGUGAAUGGACAGAGGGAGGGACUGCCCCUGUGUUCAAGCCCAGAGCUGUGAGCCACCUGGUCACCUGGCAGGAUGGCCGAUGCAGCAGCGGGUUCCUGGCCUCUCUGCCCCAGCCAGAGUCCCAUCUCAGUGUGGCCACGGGGUUUGGCUGUGCUACCAUCUUCUGGCUUUUGAAAAAUAGCCCAGGGUUCCUGGAGUCCUACGAUGCAGCUGGCACCAUCCAUGACUAUGUGGUCGCUAUGCUGUGUGGAUUGCCAAAGCCCGUGAUGUCUGACCAGAAUGCUGCUAGCUGGGGCUAUUUCAACACCCAGAGCCAAAGCUGGAACUUGGAGAUACUGAGGGCCUCUGGCUUUCCUGUCCACCUGCUCCCCGAUGUUGGCGAGCCCGCCAGUGUGGCCGGCAGAACUUCUCACGCGUGGUUUGAAAUCCCGAAGGGGACACAGGUGGGCGUGGCCUUGGGCGAUUUGCAGGCCUCCGUCUAUUCCUGUAUGGCCCAAAGGACUGAUGCAGUUCUCAACAUCAGCACUUCGGUUCAGCUGGCAGCCUCCAUGCCUUCAGGAUUCCAGCCGGCGCAGGCUCCAGACCCCGCGGCCCCAGUUGCCUACUUCCCGUACUUUGGCAGGACCUACCUGGCAGUGGCAGCAUCACUGAAUGGGGGCAACGUGCUGGCCACAUUUGUCCACAUGCUGGUCCAGUGGAUGGCGGACCUAGGCCUGGAGGUUGAAGAAUCUACUGUGUAUGCACGCAUGAUCCAGGCAGCUGCACAGCAGAGAGACACCCGCCUAACCAUCACUCCAACAGUGUUGGGCGAGAGGCAUCUGCCAGACCAGCUGGCCUCAGUGACCAGAAUCUCCUCCUCCGACCUCUCCCUGGGGCACGUGACCCGGGCCCUGUGCCGAGGCAUCAUUCAGAACCUGCACUCAAUGCUUCCGUUUCAGCAGCUCAAAGAGUGGGGCGUGGAGCGGGUGGUCAGCAGUGGGAGUGCGCUGUCCAGGAACGAGGUGCUGAGGGAGGAGGUGCAGAAGGCUUUCCCUUUCCCAGUGUCCUUUGGGCAGGAUGUGGACGCAGCUGUGGGGGCAGCGCUGGUCAUGCUCCAGAGAAACCUCAACCAGAAGGAGUCUUAGCACACUCUCUGGCCGAAGGACCAUUGCAAAUUUUAUCUAAUUAACAUUCCUGACAUGUGCUUGGGGUCAUCCUUUUCCUGGACAGCACUGUGGGUAGCUUUAAACAAUGUUUGUUCUCAGGGCACCGUGCUGACCAGGAACCUGCCUGCAGGGCACAGUCUAAUAAUGCAGGCAGGAGCCUGCAACCAGGUCCCGAAUAUGUGCCUUGAAAGAGACGCACCCGGGAGCUGGUUGCAAAUGUAAAUGUGGGAAAAA